AUGAAUUUAGUGCUUCUCUCAGCCUCGCUACAAAAAAAACACUACCAUGAACUCAUCUCUUCCAUAUCUCCUCAUCUCUUCAUCUUCACCGCCGUAAUCUUUUUGUGGCAUCUAAAUCCCACCACAGCUGCCACAUGUCACCCUGAUGACGAAGUGGGUCUUUUAGCUUUUAAAUCGGGUAUAACCGAAGAUCCUUCCGGCAUUCUCAGCUCUUGGAAGAAAGGUACUUACUGCUGCUCUUGGGAUGGUGUCAGUUGCCCUAACGGAAACCGUGUCGCCGUACUCACUGUCCGCAUAGAGUCCAAUGAUGCCGGAAGCUUUCUCUCCGGCACUAUCUCUCCAUCCCUGGCCAAACUCCGGCAUUUGGAAGGGAUCGUCUUCAUCAAUCUCAAAAACAUAACCGGACCAUUUCCUCAGUUUCUUUUCCGAUUACCACAUCUAAUGUACGUUUACCUUGAGAACAACCGUCUAUCCGGUCCUCUUCGAGCCAACAUCGGCACGCUAAGCCACUUAGAUACGUUAACCAUUAAAGGAAACCAGUUCAGCGGUCCGAUCCGAAGUUCAAUAUCCAAUUUAACUCGGUUAAACUACCUCAAUCUCGGCGGUAAUCUCCUAACCGGAACUAUACCGUUAGGUAUUGCUAAUCUCAAGCUCAUGUCGAAUCUGAAUCUCGACGGAAACCGUCUCUCUGGAACCAUACCUGAUAUUUUCAAAUCCAUGACUAUGCUUAGAAUCCUCACACUCUCUCGCAAUGGAUUCUCGGGGAAACUUCCUCCUUCCAUGGCAUCGCUCGCACCUGUUCUAGCGUUCCUCGAGCUAGGCCAGAACAAUCUCUCAGGGUCCAUCCCGAGCUAUUUAUCAAGAUUCAAGGCGCUCGACACACUGGAUCUCUCCAAGAACCGGUUCUCCGGAGCUGUGCCUAAGAGUUUGCCCAUGCUGACUAAAAUUGCUAAUAUCGAUCUCUCUCACAAUCUUUUAACCGAUCCAUUCCCUGUUUUGAACGUGAAGAAUGACAUCUUGACUCUGGAUCUAUCGUACAACAAGUUUCACAUGGGAACGAUCCCGGAAUGGGUGACCUCGGCGACGAUCCUCAGCUCUUUGAAGCUGGCUAAAUGCGGAAUCAAGAUGAGCAUAGACCACUGGAAGACAAGGCAAACUGAUCUCUACGUAUCCAUCGAUCUUUCGGAAAACGAGAUCUCAGGGAGUCCGGUGAGGUUCUUGAAGGAAGAAGGACAACUACGGGAGUUUCGGGUGUCGGGGAACAAACUCCGAUUCGAUUUGAGGAAGCUGACUUUCUCGAAGACGCUUGAGACGCUUCAUCUGUCAAGAAACUUAGUAUUCGGGAAAGUUCCGGCGAGGGUGGCUGGAUUGAAGACACUAAACUUGAGUCAAAAUCAUCUUUGUGGAAAACUUCCGUCGAUGAAGUUCCCUGCAAGCGUGUUUACCGGUAACGACUGUCUCUGCGGCUCUCCGCUGGGUCCUUGUAAAGUUUAA